UCCACACGGAACGUGCAGAAGUGGCGGAAAAACGCGAGGCGCCCCUUCUUUGACGCGUUCCUGUUCGAAAUCCGUUCCGCGUUUUGCUGGACUCCCGGUCGUGGCGCGCCAGCGAGAGAACACACACACACACACACACACACUCUCUCUCUCUCACACUCACACACAAACCCCCAGAAGGAUCCUAGAGACUCGGUGGAAAGGCGAAGGCGAGGGAGGACGGGAGGACUAGCGAGGCACCGCGGGUCACAGGGAUGUACAGUAAACACCGACAGAAAGAUGCCCGGCUGCCCCGGCUGCCCCGGCUGCCCCGGCUGCCCCCGCUACCCCCGGCGCUGUGCGGACGCGGGCUCGUCGUGCUGUCCGUGCUGCUGCUGAGCACCCUGCUGGAGACGGCGAGCGGACACGAGCGAGGAGGGCAAGGCCUGCCGAGGGGUCGGGCAGUGACGGCACAGUGGCUCUCGCAACGGCGGACCAAGAGGGAGGCGAGGACCUCGAUGCAGGAACAGUACCCAGAGAGAGGGAAAAUACUACUGUCGUCCAAAGACCUGCAACUGGUGCUACAAGUGGAACGGAACCAGGAGCUGUUGCAUCCAGGCUUCACAGAGACCCACUACACUGAAGAUGGCCGACCGGUGACUGUGGCCACCAAUUACACCGAUCACUGCUUCUACCACGGCCAUGUGAGAGGACACACAGCCUCCUGGGUAGCCCUCAGUACCUGUUCAGGAGUAAGGGGCCUGAUAUCCUUGACCUCCAAUGACACCUACUAUCUUGAGCCAAUCAGAGGGCUAGACCCUCUCCACCACUCACUGUGGAGCGCUGAGGAGCUACCCAUCAAAGGUGGGACCUGUGGCUACCAACAUGAGACUGGACACCCCGGCCACAUCUCCAACCUACUCACCUCGGUACAUCAUAGGAUGAAGCGCAAUGCCUGGGGGACCACCAAGUACAUGGAGCUCUACAUCGUGGCUGACAACACACUGUUUAAACUGCAAAAUAAGGAUUAUCAGAAAACCAAGCUGAGAAUCAUGGAAAUUGCCAAUUAUGUGGAUAAGUUCUACAGGGCUCUUAACAUCCGCGUGCCUCUGAUCGGUCUGGAGGUGUGGACGGAGAGGGACCAGUGCAUCGUCACCGAGGAGCCCAACGCCACCCUCUGGUCCUUCCUGCAGUGGCGGCAGAAGCUGAAGUCCCGCAAGAAGCACGACAACGCCCAGCUGCUGACGGGAGUGGUUUUCAAGGGAACCACCAUUGGGAUGGCACCACUGGAGGGGAUGUGCAGUCUGGAGAACUCUGGCGGCAUCAAUGUGGAUCACUCGAAAGACCCCGUUGGCGCCGCUGCCACCAUGGCCCACGAGAUCGGCCACAACUUUGGCAUGAGCCAUGACCACGAGGGCUGCUGUGUGGAGGCCACAGCCGACCAGGGGGGCUGCAUGAUGGCUGCAGCCACAGGGCAUCCAUUUCCUCGCGUCUUCAGCCACUGCAGCAAGCGAGACCUGGACAACUACUUCCAAAAGGGAGGGGGCAUGUGUCUUUUUAACAUGCCCAACAUGAAGGACCUGGUGGGGGGAAAGCGAUGUGGCAACGGCUUCGUGGAGGAUGGCGAGGAGUGUGACUGUGGCGAACCCGAGGAAUGUACCAAUGACUGUUGCAAUGCUAACAACUGCACCUUGAAGGAGGAGGCGCAGUGUGCCCACGGGGUCUGCUGUGAAGGCUGUAAAUUAAAGCAGGCGGGCACCAUGUGCCGAGGGCCGGCGGGAGCGUGCGACCUACCGGAGUACUGCACGGGGGCUUCUCCGUACUGCCCCUCCAACGUCUACCUGCUGGACGGCUCCACCUGCCAGUAUGGACGGGCCUACUGCUACAACGGCAUGUGCCUCACCCACGAGCAGCAAUGCCUGCAGCUGUGGGGCUACGGCGCCCAGCCGGCACACGACGCCUGCUUCGAAGACGUGAAUGCAGCCGGGAACGCGUUUGGGAAUUGUGGGAAAGACGGACGAGGCAACUACAUGAAGUGUGCUAAGAGCGAUGCUAAGUGUGGUAAGAUCCAAUGCCACAGCGCCGCUAAGAAGCCCAAAGGCACCAAUGCGGUGUCCAUCGACACCACUAUCAAGACGGAUGGUAUCGAGGUGAAGUGCCGUGGCACCUACGUCUACAGCACCCAGGACGGCCAGGGGGACCUGCCAGAUCCAGGCCUGGUCAUGACCGGCACCAAGUGUGGCGAGGGCAAGGUGUGCCGAGACCGCAGAUGCCAAAAUGCCUCUUUCACCGAGCUGGAGACUUGCAUUGCACGCUGCCAUGGCAACGGGGUGUGCAACAGCAAUGAAAACUGCCACUGUAACCGUGGGUGGGCACCCCCCUUCUGUGAGAAGCCCGGGCUGGGUGGCAGCGUGGACAGUGGGCCUAUCCAGUAUGACAGUCAGGUGGGCUUGGUCGUGGGUCUGCUCUUUGCCUUCCUGGUGCUGCUGCCCGGCGUGCUGACCGCCUUCUACUGCAUCAGGAUCAAGAGCUCCUAUUUCCACAAGUGGCUUUCCCAAAGAGACAAGAGCAACAAGGCCAAGAGGCUGGAGGGGUCUGCCGAGAACGAGAAGAAUGGACACCUGAACCCCGCCUUUCACCUGAAGGUGGUGGGACCCAUCAACAAAGCCAGCAGCAGCCACAAGCUACCUCACACCUGCAAGGAGGUGCUGCCACUCAGGCCCGGCCCCGCCCUCAACGGCACCCAGCCAGUCAACGUUGUGCGUCCCCUAAGGCCCGCCCCCUCACCGCAGAAUGGCCCGCGGGAGAUCAAGGUGGCGCUCCCGCCUCUGCCGGCUAGCAAGCCCCCAGGUGCCCCGCCAAAAUGCCCCCUGGCACCCCAGAAACUCACCCCACCCAAGAAACCGCUGCCCCUCAACCCAACACGGUCUCCACCGUUGGUGUCGGUGCUGCAGCCCAGACAGUCCCCCUUCCCUCCACAGAGACCCCUUCCGCUCAGGCCGUCCAGAGGGGAUCCGGCCACAGUUAGCCCACCGCGGGGUGUGUCCUCCAAGCCUGCCAGCGGUCUGCUGGUCAUGAUGCCGCCCGCGGUCGGCCCCAAACCGGUCGGCAAAGUCUCCGCCAUGCCCCCUCUCAAAGUGCUCAGACCGGUCCUGGGGGCCAAGCCCAGCACAGCAGCCUCAGCCUCCUUUCAGAAGUGACCUCCAGCGCCCUCCCUCCCUCCCUCCCUCCCUCCCUCCCCCCCGCCCUCCCCCCCGCCCUCCCCCCGUAACAAGGACCGUGUGACACGGCACACAGCCCAUUUGCACUAAAGAGACCUGGUCGGAGAAGGCUGGGACACCACCCGGAUGGCGAGGUGCCUCGGGCAGAGGCCCGCGACAGAGGAGCAGCGAGGAGAGGGCCGAGAAACCGCCUGGAUCUGCCUGGCGUGAAAAGACACACACACACACACACACACACACACACACACACACACACACACACACACACACACACCCCAACCUCGGCUCCACCCCAGCGCACCACGCCCAACGUUAGCAUAUCGACGCGGUUUUGCACAGACGCCCUGCAGACCGAGACAGGUGUCGCCGCCGGGGCGGGUCACCGGGCCAAACCUCUUGUUUGUCGGUUGUUCGGUUUUUGUGUCGUCGCUCCGUUGUGUUCAUCUGUUUACCAGUCCGUGUGAAACGCACUUAGCAUUUGUAAUUCGGUUUGACUGUUUCGCUUGUUUACAGGAGGACUUUUGUGUUGUUGUUUUUUUUGUUUGUUUGUUUUUACAGGAUUCCAGUUCAGUUUGUCGGUUUUUGUCGUAUCAUUUGUGUUCAGUGCCAAAGAAGUGUGUGCUGGUGCCCGGGGCGUGGCCUGAGGGGGACACACGGAGGAACGCUCGAGUACCAUCACCUUGUUUCUAACUAGUUUCUAUUCUUUUCUACCGGCUGUGCGUCGGACCACCAACGGACCCCAUAAGCGGUGUGGCGGUGACGCGAUCAGCAGCUCGGAGGAAACUGUCACACCCCUUCGCUUGAAGCACGGCGGCGGCGUCUGCCAGGCUGUUUACAUGGCGGGCGUGCUGACCACGGUGGGCGUGUUGACCACGGUGGGCGUGCUGACCACGGUGGGCGUGCUGACCAUGGCGGGCGUGCUGA